GGUUCCGGAAGGCCCCUUCCCAGGUGCCUCGGGCCCAACUCACGCCCGCAAGGCGGCACUGAAGACAUGGGCAUGAGCAUCGCCGAGUGCCUGAGGCAACUGGACAUCCGCAAAGGUGUAGUGGGCCUGGCCACGGCCGCCGGGGCCAUCUACCUACUCUACAAGGCCAUCAAGGCUGGCAUAAAAUGCCAACCACCCAUCUGCACCAACUCGCCCAUCUGCAUCGCCCGUGAGUGUCCGGGCCCUGGGGAGAGGGCUCUGCCCCAGGAGGCACCCGCUUCUGAGGCCUCCUCUGUGGGAGGGGCCAAAGGCCUGGCAAUCGAGCGAGAGCGGCAUGGACGGGACUCGGGAGAGCUCCGGAGACUCUUCAAUUCUUUGGAGUGCAAACAGGAUGAGUACGCCAAGAGUAUGAUCCUGCACAGUAUCACGCGGUGUGUGUACUUGCUGGAGGCUGAGGCCUCUGCUUGUACUAUGGAUGACAUCAGGUUGGUGGGAUACAUGCUGGAUGACAAGGACAACAGUGUCAAAAUCCAAGCUCUGAACACACUUAAAGCUUUCUCUGGCAUCAGAAAAUUCAGGCUUAAAAUCCAGGAACACUCCAUCAAGGUGCUGGAACUGAUCUCCACCAUCUGGGACUCGGAGCUGCACAUUGCUGGCCUCAGACUCCUCAACAACCUCCCACUGCCCGACUUUGUGCACCCACAGCUGCGACGGGUGAUGCCUGCCUUGAUGGAGAUCCUGCAGUGCGACUACAUCCUGGCACAGGUGCAAGCUAUACGGCUGCUGAGCUACCUGGCACAGAAGAACGACCUUCUCUAUGACAUUCUCAACUGCCAGGCUGGGGACUCCAGCAUUGCCACCAUUAGGCCCAUGUUCCAUGAGGAGGCGCCUCAACUUGGGUUACUCUCAUGA